GAAACACGUCACUCUAGAUCUCCGAUUACGUGGAAGAAUCUUAGUGCAGGUCUAUUGAAAACAAGGUGGGACCAGUUGUAGUCAAAGGGAAAAACCCGUGCAAAUGUGAGGUAAUGUUUGUGCGCAGAUCUACUUGUAAAGAUAUUGGGUAUUGGAUGACUCGAUAAAACCUUCACAUUAGUUAUGCCCCUUUGAACUAACCCCCUCCCUCCUCUCUCUCUCUCUCUCCACCCGCAUAUGCUACAUCGGUUUUGAAACAACACAGGUAGAUACUGCAUUAAUGAGUAGCUAAUCUAUGGCGUUCAGAACUCGAAUGAGGAUUGCCGAGGAAGAACCAUCUCAAAGCAGUAAACAGGCGACAUACUUGAUAUCAGCAGUGAAUGAAUUGCACAGACUCAACUCUCGGGACCUCUAUAGAUUAUUGAAAGAUGCUGAAAAUUUUACUAUUCACUAUCUUACUGGAAAAGGAGUGCAGCUGAAGAUUGAUAUGGCCAAGCUUGCAAGAUUUCUUCCAUUGCAUCUUACUUCAGCACUAAUCUUUUCUAGAAGAGGGGAAACUACGUUCAGAUACUUGCUCUGUGGUAUUCGCUUGUUGCAUUCCUUGUGUGAUUUAGCCCCCCGACUUCCUAAACUUGAUCAGAUUUUUCUACAUGAUGUGAAAGUGGUGGAACAGCUGAUUGAUUUGGUUUUCUACAUGCUUAUUAUUCUUAGUACACACAGACAGGAAGAUCGUGCUUUUAGUCUUAGGUACCUUUCACAUUCCGCUCUCGUAGCAUGCAACUUACAUCUAUUAACAGCGUUUAUAUCGACACAGUCGCAAGAUAUUGCCAAUAUUUUGCUUGCUCAUCCAAAGGUUGACUUAUUUAUGGAUGCAGCUUUUGGAUCAGUUCGCGUGGUUGUUAGGAGUCUUGAGAUUACAUUGAUAGCUUGCUACAAAGAUUUUUCCAUGGAAUCAAAUCUUUCGGCUGAACAAGUAGUGUAUUUUCUCUGCCAGCAAUGCGAGGCUUCUCUACAGUUUAUUCAAUCACUGUGCCAGCAGAAAUUGUUUAAGGAGCGCCUGCUCAUGAAUAAGGAACUGUGUGGAAAGGGAAGCAUUCUUUUCCUUGCUCAAUCUAUCUUGAAGUUAAACAUUCAACCAUCUUUUCCAACUAGGAUUGUGGCUGGAAUUUCUAGGCUGAAAGCCAAAAUACUAUCCAUUCUGCUGAGUUUAUGUGAAGCAGAAAGCAUUUCUUAUCUUGAUCAAGUAGCCACCUCCGCACAAAGUUUAGAUCUGGCUAAAUCUGUUGCUUUGGAGAUUUUGGACUUGUUGAAGACUGCUUUUGGAAGAAACCCUGGGCAUCUCACUACUACUAAUAGAAGAUACCCAAUAGGGCUUUUACAGCUUAAUGCAAUGCGUCUAGCUGACAUUUUCACGGAUGAUUCACACUUUCGAUCUUUCAUCACAACUUAUUUUACUAAAGUUCUGACAGCAAUAAUAUCACUCUCCCAUGUGGAUUUUUUAUCCUCUUGGUGCUCAUCUAAUGUCAUAGAAAUGGAGGAGGAUGCAAGUGUUGAAUAUGAUGUAUUUGCUACAGCUGGAUGGAUUUUGGAUAAUAGUUCAUCAAUGGAUCUACAGAACUCAACAGUCUUGGAAUUGCAUCUGAUACCUAACAUCACGCCUUCUGCUUCUUAUGCACAUCAUAGGACAUCAUUAUUUGUCAAGGUCAUUGCAAAUCUUCAUUGUUUUGUUCCCACCUAUUGUGAAGAACAGGAGAGGAACUUUUUCAUUCGCAAGGUCCUGGAGUGCCUGCAAGAGGAUCUAUCUAAUUUGCUGCCUGGGUUUUCUUUCCCAUCUGAUGCUCCUAAAGCUGCUACUGUUUGCAAGAACCUACGCUCUUUGUUAAGUCAUGCAGAAUCUUUGAUGCCGAAAUUUUUAAACGAGGAAGAUGUCCAACUUCUAAGGGUGUUUUUUCGUGAAAUACAAGAACAGUUUACUUCUAAUGGCUUUGGGGAAAAUCAUGUUCAAGAGGCUCAGAGUAUUGGGAUCCGCUCAUCGCUUUUGCAAGUAAAAGAAUCUUCUGAAGUUGAUAAGAAAGUCGGUAACUUGAAGGAGGGAAUGUCCGAGAAUUCUUCAUUUCCAUGCAUAGGUCAGCAUAAUACUAGAAUAGAAAACACAAUUCUGGGAGACGACUUAAAUAGGCAACAUCAGGUAGAUGGUAAAGGGAUGUCUAGUAAAACUGUGUUAAGAGGAGCAAGAGAUACAGACAAGGAUGCUCAGAAUGCCGAAACAAGUGGUUCAGAUACCAGUUCUGCAAAAGGAAAGAAUGUCCUUGAUCAUGCAGGCGAGUCAAAAUCCACGGAGCGUCAUAGAAAGGUUGCAGUUGGAGAAACUCCAGAGGAAGAAAAGGUGGAAACUGUACAAAGGAGAAAACGGAAGCGAACUAUAAUGAAUGAUAAAAUGGUGAAAUUGAUUGAGAGAGCACUCUUGGAUGAGCCGGAUAUGCAGCGAAAUGCAGCUUCACUUAAAUCAUGGGCUGAUAAAUUAAGUCAACAUGGUUCAGAGAUUACACCCUCUCAGCUUAAAAAUUGGUUGAACAAUCGAAAAGCUAAGCUAGCCCGGACAGCCAAGGAUAAUUCAGUGCCAGAUAAGCAAAAAGGGCCAGUAAAAGUGUCCUCUGACUCACCUGACAAUCUUGGUCCACUAGAAAUUGUUCGCUGCAAUGUCGGUCAGCGUGCUGUGCUUGUAAAUGUGAGAGGAGAGGAGAUUGGCAAAGGGAAGGUAGUUCAGGUGAAGGGCAAGUGGCAUGGGAAGAACUUGGAGGAAUUAGGAAUCUAUGUUAUGGAUGUUUAUGAGCUAUAUGCUGAUAAAGGGAUGAAGCUACCCUACACAUCAGAAGCUAUUGGUACUUCAUUUGCAGAGGCUGAAAAAAAGUUAGGUGCCAUGAGAGUGUUGUGGGAUUCACGUAGAAUUCUUGUACUUCAGCCUGAGUGAGCACAAGGUUUUAUAAAAUACUAGCAGUAAAGUGACCCCAUACAAACCAACUUUUUUGAAAUGUUCAUUUUUUUUUUAUUUUUAACUUAAAACAAGUUAAAAUAUCAAAAUUUUAAACUGUGUGAA